CGACGCUUGCGAGCCUAAAACAUCUCUCCGGCCUUCCAUCUUCUCCCACUGCCACUUGCUCUUCCCCAAACGAGAAACUCUCAUUUUCUCUUUUGCUCCUCCCUUCUCGUCAAACUGCUCUCUCGUCGGCUUUCUCUCUCCGGUUGCAUCUCAGGUUUUUCAACUAAUAGACUUGACGUUAUGUAUCUCGUAUACGCUUAGUGCUUCUGUAAUGCCUUAACAAAAGGGUAUAUAUACAACUUAAACUUGAUUGGAAGAGGACGCAAGGGUUAAUUUUAGUUUAGUGCAUGACCUUGAAUUCAGUUCUGAUGAGAAUUGAAGAGUGAAAGGAAAUUUCCUGAGUGAGAUGCAGCAUUUGUUCAAUAAUAGGCAUAAAUUCCAAAGAAAUGAUAGUUUUGACUACUGAUGAGAUGACAUCAUAUAAUGCAGAAACAAGAUCAUGUAAGGAUGAGAAGGAAAGAAAGAGCUCUAGUGAGACGUUUGGUCAUUUGAGUGAGGUUGAUGUUUUAGAUUGUGAUUAUUCACAUAAAUCUUGUUCAAUGGGAACUACACCCUUGGAUGGAGAUAUAGGUGGAGAUCAUCCUAUCAACAAUAAUUUAGGGUCAGAUGUCGCAGAAUGUAAUUUGGAAUCAAAUGUUUCUCAAAUAGAGGAAAAGAAAAGGGAUAAGAAAAAGAAAAGGCCACAAACUGAGCAGAAUGGCCAGAUAGACUGUCUGGGGGUUUGCACUGCAGUAAAGCUGGGAGAAAAUGUUUUAAUAUCUAACAACCAAAAUGAUUCCCUGAGUCCAAAUACUAGUUUGGUAGAGGAUCAUGAUAACAAAAUUGAUGCUGAUCCUGUUUCAGUUGAAAAGGGAGAUGUUAAAAUUUAUCAGAUAAAGGGGAAAUCAAGACCCAAUCGCAGGAAAAGAUGGAACUCCUUUGACUCUGAAGAAAAUGCAGAAUCCAAUGUGGGGGAUAGACAAACUUCAACAAAUUCAAAUGAAGUGAGUUCAUUUGAGCUCUCAGAGAAUGAGAUUGGAAGAGUACAACCUGGGGAAUAUGUUACUUCUGUUAAGGUUGUGGAAAAUGUUUUGACAGAGAAAACCUCUUCCAACCCUUCAAAUGGUGACCUUACAUGUGCAGGAGGAAAGGAAAUAACUGAGAAAGAGAAGGAUGUGGAUUUAGAUCCUCCUCUAAAGGAGGGAAAUCUUCCUCAAGUAUCACUCUCUUCUCUACAAGGACUACACUUUAGAGGUGCCAAUAAAAAGCUUCUUAUCCUUGAUGUUAAUGGACUUCUAGCUGAUAUUGUUCCUUAUUGUUAUGAUGAAUACAAGGCUGACAUUGUAAUAUCCAGGAAAUCAGUUAUUUUGUCUUUUCCAGUUUUCAAGAGGCCCUUCUGUGAUAAUUUUAUGCAGUUUUGCUUUGAGAAGUUUAAUGUUGGUGUUUGGUCAUCUAGAACCAAGAAAAAUGUGGAUAUGGUGAUUGAUUUUCUCAUGGGAGAUUCUAGACGUAAGUUGCUAUUUUCUUGGCAUCAAUCCCACUGUACUGAUACCGGAUUCACCACUGUUGAGAAUAGCAACAAACCCCUGCUCUUGAAGGAAUUAAAAAAACUGUGGGACAAACUUGAGCCUGAUCUUCCAUGGAAUAAGGGGGAAUAUAAUGAAUCUAAUACGUUAUUGUUGGAUGAUUCACCAUACAAGGCCUUGCGCAAUCCAGCACACACUGCUGUGUUUCCCCUUUCAUAUCGGUACAAGAAUUCUGGAGAUACCUCAUUAGGACCUGGAGGUGACCUUAGGGUAUAUCUUGAACGAUUAGCUGAGGCUCAGAACGUUCAGGAAUUUGUUGCACAAAAUCUAUUUGGUCAGCGACCCAUUACAGAGUCAAAUCCUUCAUGGGGUUUCUAUCGGAGGAUCUUAAUUGCUGACUCGUGCCAAUCACAAGAUGUUGCUAGCAGUUCUGUCAUUCCACAAUAGCUGCAGAAUACUUGUGACUGUUUUUUGGCCCCCCAGUGAUGUAACUCAACUUCUAAGUGGUGCACUAUUGUUGUGGAAUGCUGAUGCGUAGGUUCAGUUGCAUGAAAAAGAUUUCCAGGAAAACCCAGAAACUUUUUUCAGGCUAAGGAAACCCAGGAAAAUCGGGAUUGUUGUUUGUAAUCUUUUUUGAUAACCGUGCAGAAUAGUGAUAUGAUUUUCAUCAACCUUCAGAUUAUCAACUUUUUGUUCCCUGUCCUCUAGGCCAUUAAUCUUUUAAUUUUUAUUUUUCUGCUCAAGAAUAACGAUUCUAUGUUGGCAAUUGUGAGGCCUCAGGCAUGAUGUAAUAGAGAUUAUUUUGUUGACUAAUCCCAACACAAAGACAAUAAGAAGAUGAAAAAAAUACUAUUAGCUGCA